CAGUCCUCAAGGACUUGGAAACAUUCCCCGGACCUCAAGGUUCCAGGCCAGUCACAAAGUUCAGCCAGGCACAGCUGUUGCCAAAGACAGAUAAAGAGCCAGUCAGCCACAAGCCUAUGACUGCAUGAAGGUCUGGCACGGAUUACCACACUCCCCUUGUACCCCCACCACCCCGUUUGCGGAUUCAGGCUUUAAAAACUCGCUGUAAUUUCUGUUCGGGGUUCACUCCUUCCCAAGGCUGCUGAACCCCUGCGUGACGCCUUAAUAAAAAUCCUCUUGUGUUUUGCAACGAACUUCGGCUCCCUGAUGGUCUUUGGGAGGUGCUCUGCACCGUGGACUUUGUUGCUCCAGAUGACCGAGUAGUUUUCCGUACAUGUGAAAGAGAACAGAACAGGGUGGUUUUCCAAAUGGGGACUUCAGACGCAGAGAGAGCCCUUGCUGUGGCCAGGCUUGUAGAAAAUGAUGUAGCUGGUAUUGAUGUCAACAUGGGCUGUCCAAAAGAAUAUUCCACUAAGGGAGGCAUGGGAGCUGCUCUGCUGUCAGACCCUGACAAGAUUGAGGAGAUCCUCAGCACUCUUGUUAAAGGAACACAGAAACCUGUGACCUGUAAAAUCCGAAUCCUGCCAUCGCUAGAAGAUACCCUGAGCCUUGUGAAGCGGAUAGAGAGGACUGGCAUUUCAGCCAUUGCAGUUCAUGGGAGGAACCGGGAUGAACGACCUCAGCACCCUGUCAGCUGUGAAGUUAUAAGAGCCAUCGCCAAGACCCUCUCCAUUCCUGUCAUAGCCAAUGGAGGAUCUCAUGACCACAUCCAGCAACAUUUGGACAUAGAGGACUUCCGACAAGCCACAGCUGCCUCUUCAGUGAUGGUGGCUCGAGCAGCCAUGUGGAACCCCUCUAUCUUCCUCAAGGAUGGCCUUCGUCCCCUAGAGGAAGUCAUGCAGAAGUAUAUCAGAUAUGCAGUGCAGUAUGAUAACCACUACACCAACACCAAAUACUGCUUGUGCCAGAUGCUGCGGGAACAGCUGGAGUCUCCCCAGGGAAGGUUGCUUCAUGCGGCGCAGUCUUCCCAGGAAAUUUGUGAAGCCUUUGGUCUUGGUGCCUUCUAUGAAGAGACCACUCGUGAGCUAGAUGCCCGGCGAGCUGACCUCUUGGCUAAGACUCCAGAGGCAGUUGAGAAGCCAGCUGAAGAUACCUCUGGCAUCAUUAAGAUGGCUAUCAAGUUUGACCGGAGAGCAUAUCCACCCCAAAUUACCCCCAAGAUGUGCUUGCUGGAAUGGUGUCGGAGAGAGAAGUUGCCACAGCCUGUGUAUGAAACAGUUCAACGACCCAUAGAUCGAAUGUUCUGCUCUGUUGUCACUGUUGCAGAGCAAAAGUACCAGUCCACGCUGUGGGACAAGUCUAAGAAACUGGCAGAACAAACUGCAGCCAUUGUCUGUCUGCGGAGCCAGGGCCUCCCUGAGGGUCGAUUGGGUGAGGAGAGCCCCUCCUUGAACAAACGCAAGCGAGAAGCUCCUGACCAAGAUCCUGGGGGCAUCUGAGUUCAGGAGUCAGCACUACCUGGGGAGAUCUGCAAGAAGCCGUUUGUAGCCCUGGGAAGCAGUGAAGAGAAUCUCCAGGAAGGCUGCUGACUACUCUCCCUGCCCUUGUCACCAGUGUGGGGUCUGAUGUGAUGGUGGUUACGGGUGCUGAGGCCUAAACCAGAUGUUAUUGGACAGUCUGCUGGCCCUUGCCAUGAAGAAGUUAGAAGUCUUGGCCCAGGCCAUCAGUCUGAAACAAGUGCCAAGGAAUGUCCAGCCGUGAUACUAUAUCCUCUCAUAGGUCUGAAUGUCUAAGCCAAGUUCCCAGUGACCUGAAUGUUUCUUUGAAAACAGGUUUUCAGGCCGCACCUCUAACUUAACAUUGGUACUGUGCAAUAAAGACAGCCUGAUGGCUAACUGCUCA